AUGCUCUCUCCAACAGAAUGUGAACCAGUAUAUAAGUCGAGUGUUGUGUCCCAGGAAAACAAUGGAAACGAACGCAACUUAAAGAGCACUCAGCCCGAAAGAAUCCUCCUAAAGGAGACCUACAUCUACACUCAAGACAUUGUCAAAUGCAGCGAUUAUAAAGCUAUGCUUGGAGCUGUGAUGGAAGUCGCUGGUGCUUCAGAUUCAGAGGCUAGUUUUACUGACGAGAGUGAUGCUGAGAGCUACGAUGAGUACAACAAUAUAAAUGGUAAGGGUGGGGAUGAUGAUAAUGGUGGUGCUGGUGAGUAUAGAGAUGGGGGUGGUUCACUUGCAGAGGGUCGGGUAAAAAUAAUGUGGGCUGAUGGUUCUGAGACGAUAAACCCAAUCAGUAAUCUUGCUGUUGUGGAUAGGGAAUUCGUGCAUGGAGAUAUAGUUGCUUCCAUUUCAGAUCCAACAAGACAACUUGGCCGUGUAGUGGAUGUUAAUAUUUCCGUAGACCUAGAUGCUUUCUCUGGGCAAACUCUUAGAGACAUAUCCUCCAAGAAGUUGAAACGUGUACGAGACUUCAGUGCAGGUGAUUAUGUAGUAUGUGGGCCUUGGCUGGGUCGAGUUGAUGAGGUGGUGGAUAAUGUGACUGUCAUGUUCGAUGAUGGAUCUGUCUGUAAAGUGAUGAAGGCUGAUCCCUCGAGGCUUAAGCCCAUUUCAAAAAGAAUGGUCAGUGACGCCGGGUUUCCUUACUACCCAGGUCAGCGUGUAAAGGCUGUUUCUUCAUCUGUUUUCAAGACUUCUCGGUGGCUUUAUGGGCUGUGGAGAGCUAACCAUGUCGAAGGUACUGUCACUGAAGUUCAGGCAGCAUCAGUUUUCGUUUACUGGAUUGCUUCUGCCAGCUCUGGAUCAAGUGAUGGUUCAGCGUCUGCUCCUGCUGAAGAGCAGAAACCAAAGAAUUUGAUGCUUUUAUCUUGUUUUACCCAUGCUUAUUGGCGACUUGGUGAUCGUUGUCUCUUUUCACCACCUCAGCCUCUUCCAACUACAUCAGGUAGUACUUCAAAAGCAAAAGUUACUGAGGAUCCUAUCCCUGGAUGUAACUCUAACUUGAAUAGUUCCAGCUCACAUAUUGGUGACGAUAAUGACUUGUAUUUGAGCGACAGCUUAGAAAGCUCUAAACCAGGGUGCCGUGAUUCUGGUGGAAGCUGUAGAGAUGAGCAAUCAUCCGACCAACCUUAUCCAGAUGAGGCAAUGCAGUCUGAGGGAUGCGAGUCGCGUCUCCUGAAUGCUGCUGAUUCGCCUGAUCAUUUAGUUUCGGGACACUCGGGAGACGAAUUCAGUGCACAUUCCACGAUUACAGAGACCUCGAACGAAAGUUUCUCAUCUUGUGAAGAUGAACCUUUGAUAUGUCCUGAUAGAACCCGUAACAGUGGUAUGACACGAGAAGCUAACACAAAAAAUGAAGUGGUGGAAUCUGGGUUUUUGAAUCAUUCAUCAGUUACUCGAACAAAUCAACAUCUUCUGUCAGGCUGGCCUGGUUAUCGUAGAAACUUCCGAACAACAUUAUUCAAGAGUGAGAGGAGCCAUAAAAUGGUACCAUCUGAGAGAGCCUUUUCUGUUGCUAGUACUUUGACAAAAGUCGAUGUAGCUUGGCAGGAUGGAACUAGGGAAUUCGGUGUGAAUUCGACAUCUUUGAUUCCGGUACAACGCCCAGGAGACUAUGAUUUCUUUCCUGAACAGUACGUAAUGGAGAAGGCAUCCGAUGAAAAUGAUGAGUUAUCUGAGGUGAAACGUGUAGGAGUAGUGAGAAGUGUGAAUGCUGAAGAGCGAACUGUCUGUGUGAGGUGGCUUAAACCUUUUCCAAGGCCAGAAAGCUCGUGGGAAUUUGAUAAUGAAGAAGUCGUUAGUGCAUAUGAACUUGUUCUACAUCCAGACUAUGACUAUUGCUACGGGGAUCUUGUUGUUCGUUUGUCCUCACUAUCAGUUUCUACUGACGCUCCCGUUUCUGAAGAUCCUAGUGAACUGGAAGACGAUACUUCUUGGCUGCACGAAAGCGACGAGAAGAGACAAGCAAGGCCAGGAUCGAAUGUGACUCAACCGGCAAAGGGAGAGUCUGAUAAGAAUUUGGCUUGGGUUGGGCAUAUAACUGGCCUACAGCAGGGCAGCAUUGAAGUUACAUGGGCAGAUGGAAUAAUUUCAAAGGUAUUUGAAGGUCUAUCCUAGGCAGCUAUCAUUUUUUAAACUCUAAAAUUAUUUAAGAAAAUAAGUCGUCUUUGAACCAAGGCAAAGGUUUAGCAUAAUAUCCUACCUUUCAGGUUGUCAUCAUACUCUGAGUGAUAGUUCAGUUUAUUUCAUGUUUGGAUGUUUGCCUCCCUGAACUACUUCUCAUUCGUCCCAGGUGGGUCCCCAGGCAAUUUACGUGGUCAGUGGAGAAGAUGAUGGGGAAUCAAUUGUGUCUGAAAGUGAAUUGAGUGAUGAUAACGCUAGUUGGGAAACAGUUGAAGAAAACGAAAUGGCCGACCUCGAUGCUGUCAAUGAGGUGAUUCUAUAUCCUCAAUUGUUUUACAAUAAUCCAAUUUAUUUUUUAAAACUGUAUUCUUGUUAUUAUUAACUUGUCUGUGAUUUUUAGGAAGAUGGUUCGCUAUUUUCCACUGAUGGCAACGCUGAGAAGGAAAAUGUCGCUGCUGCUUCCAGUGAAGACAACAAUCCUAUCAGACAUGGACCCCUAUCAUUUUCUGUCUCGGCAUUUGGAUUUUUUACGAGGUUAGUCACUGGAUUGUUUACACAGGGAAGGGAGACAUUGGAUUCGUCAGGUACAGAUGAAGGCAACAGAAGCGCAGAUCAAUCUCAUAACAUCCAGCAGACAUCUGUCAAAGAUACUGAAGCUGGUGGACUUAGCUCCCCAGAUCAUGAUAUCUCGGAUGAUCAUGCUGCACCAACUAACGGAGAAACUUCAGAGACAGGCAGCGCUGUGCCCAUGGAAGCAGAUACUGAAGUGAAAGUGGACAUGCUGCACAGCCCUGCGUCAGUGGAGGUGGACACUGCCAUCAGUUUUCAAAGAGGAUAUGAGGAAGAUGGUUCGUAUAGCUUUAAACAGUUUGAUAUUGCAAAAGAUCCUUCGGAUCAUAAAUUCCUCGAUGUGACAGGACAGGUAAUAGCCGGAAUUCUUUGUGCAAAUUAUGUCUCAUCUUUCUUUGUUAAGCAAUGCUGACGAAGAGAAAUGUGUUCAUUGGAAAUGGCCUGCAGAAUAGGGGGAGUAGUAAAUGGAUCAAGAAGGUUCAAAAGGAAUGGAACAUCCUUGAGAAAAAUCUUCCAGGUGUGCAUCAAAGGCUCCCUUUUAACAUACCUGACGAAGAAUCGCUCCCCACUCACUUGGAAAACAUAAAAUUGGAAUAUUUUAUAUUGUGAUAGACAUAAAUGAUAUAAUCUUAUAAAAAUGUUUUCAAAAACAGGUGGCCAACAUGUAAAGGCGCCAGCUUUUCUUAAAAUCACCUGUAAUAGUGCCAGCAUUUUCUCUUCCUGUUUGAUGUAACUUCGCAAAUCACCUCUAAUAAGCUUCACAAAUUUCUGUCAACUCUUCUCAAGGGUGAAAGAAAAGUCAUUCAGAUAUUUAAAGGGAAAUGAGCGACACUUUUACUUACUUCACUUGAACAAAUAAAUUUAGGAGUGUAGAUGAAGAAUUUACAAGCAUUUUGCCAUUAUUUCUGCUGAAGGAAGGUUCCCGUCUGUGCAGUUUUCUAAUGGAAGUUCUUUGCGUGAUUAAUUUUUUCAAAUAGAUUAUUUGAGGUGAAAAAAAGCCUUUCGUUGCCUGCACUAUACCAGAAAAUAAACCUUGCUUGCCAUAUACAAAGGAAGGUCCUCCUCCCAGAGGAUGAAAAUAUAUGUCUAAAGAGUAGAUCCAUUUCAUGAGGGUUGUUAUUUAGAUAGAUAUUUAGCAUUUCGAUGAUGUUCAUGAAUCCUUCAAACUAAGCUCUUCGAAUUUCAUUUUUUUUUUUCAGAUGCUAUAUUUGUUAGAGUUUUUGAGGAUCGCAUGGAUCUCUUAAGGGCUGUGAUAGUUGGAGCGUGUGGGACACCUUACCAAGACGGCCUUUUCUUCUUCGACUUUCACCUCUUGCCUGAUUACCCUCAAGUACCACCUGUAUGUUCUUCAUGUGAUUGUCAUGCAUCCAAUAUUGAGCUUUACGACCAGUUUUUUUUGUCAUUUUUCUCGUACUUAGAACCUGUUUUACUUGGUUUCCAGUCGGUAUACUAUCACUCAGGAGGUUUGCGCAUAAACCCCAAUCUAUACGAGGAAGGAAAGGUAUGCCUUAGCAUAUUAAAUACAUGGGCAGGCAGAGGGAACGAAGUCUGGGACCAGAGUUCGUCCAGCAUACUUCAGGUCCUGGUCUCGAUUCAGGGUUUAGUGCUGAAUUCUAGGCCAUAUUUCAAUGAAGCUGGAUAUGAUAAGCAAGUCGGGACUGCUGAAGGAGAGAAGAAUUCGCUAUCAUACAAUGAGAAUACCUAUAUACUGAACUUGAGAUCGAUGUUGUACCUUCUACGGAGACCUCCCAGGGUAAGAGAGCCACCCCUCGUUGACUUUACUGAUCUAAUGUUUUGAUCAGCGCUGUUCCAUUCUUUGUGUUAUUACAGAAUCCUGCCUUUACUACUCAAGCCAGACGAUCUUUUUUAGCCUUACGCACAGAAAUUCUUAAUUUCCUUCCGACGUGAUUACUCUGUAGAUAUCAAAAAAACUCCCACAAUGGUCAACAUCUCACUAGAUUUUCUUGGAGGAAUCUGCAAAGCCUGUACGCUCCUGUGAUUCAAUGAUUGAAUGGUUUUUUUUUUUCUUUUUUAGGGAAGUUAUCAAAAAUCAUUAAAAGAAUUUUCAACUAGAUUUAGUGAGAUGGAUGUUAAGAACACUCAUGUUUAAAAAUUGAUCUUUUAGUGAGAUUUUCGACAAGAUUUAAAAAGUGAUCACAGCAGAUGAAUGCUAAGAGCUCCCACAAUUGUCCGAGCACAUUGACCAUCUGAUCAUCUCACUAGAUUUUCUCCGAGGAAUUCGCAAAGCUUGAACACUCCUGUUUUAAAAUUCUUCCAUACGUUUUCCACAAAAAUAAGGAAUCCAUCGAUGUCCUCAUUAAACUCAAAAACCUUAGUCCUUUGCAGUACGAGAAUUCUCCUCCAUAUGACUGACCUCUCGUUGACAUCCACAGCACUUCGAGGCUUUUGUCGACCACCAUUUCAGGACACGAGGGCAUUAUAUUCUGAAGGCCUGCGAUGCAUACGUGAAGGGCUGUGCAGUUGGGUCUCUAACCAACGACGCCGAGGAGACGACGAACAGUGAUGGGCGAUCCUCUACUGGGUUCAAGCUGAUUCUAGAGAAGAUCACACCAAAGCUAUUUGCGGCACUUUGCGAGGCUGGAGCCAUAGACUGCCAGCAAUUUGCACACCUACAGAAGAUCUGA